GCGGUUGCUGAAGUUAAUUUUCCUGCCUGGGCCAAAGCCGUCGAUUUGGUGUAUCCGCGUGCCCUGAAAAUGAUCUUGAAGCCACGCCACACACUGGCCGGCUAUCCUCUCGUCACGACGUUGAUUUGCGUGAGCCGCAAAGAUUUCUUUCUAAAUAAUUGGUUAAGCAUCGUCGACAGCUACCUUUUUUUUUUUUUUUUGCUGUCCUAUGGGUGUACUUUCUAUUCACACUUUUUACGUUACCGAAAUUUCGCCAACCAGGAUAAAUAUACCCGCCAGCUGGCGUUAGGAUGUUUAUCACGGCUGACAUGGACGUAUCUGUUUCGUUGUACGGAGAGCACGUCGGCAACAUUCAAACGUCUGGAUAAUAUUAUCAAAACGAUCUUUCCGCCAUUCCGUCGAGCAAUAUACCCAAGCGAAACGCCUUUGGAACAUUUUAUCCUAAUCAGCUAUUUUGCGCUCAUGCGA